AAAAUAAAAAAAUCACCUUGGGUGAGUUGUUGUGAGCAAGAUUCCAUUCCCCCUAUAGAUUUUUUUUGAAAAGGCAAAGUGCAUUUGUUUUUGAACCUUACAAGAAUUCAUCUUCCAAAGAACCAUUACAUUCCCUUUUUCCCUGUUCAUAAAAGAACUCAAAACACUUCUGAGGUCUGAUCUGAAGACAGUAUAGAUGGGGUCUUGGUGUGGUGAAAAUGUAGGUCACCAGCAAGAGGUAUCUGCUGAUAAGGACCACAUUUGGAGCUGCAAGAAAGUGGAAGAGGGGGGUCUGAAUCUGAACACUGUGGAGUCCCUGAGAGGGAGAUUACUGGCAGAGAGACAGGCUUCAAGGGUGGCCAAGAUGGAAGCAGAAUCAAUGGGGAACAAGUUAGUUGAGCUGGAAAAACUGCUUAGAGAAGAGACGAAAUUAAGAGAUAAAGCUGAAAGAAGGCUCAGAAUUUUAAAAAUCAAGGUUGGAUCUUUCAGCAUACCCUCCAAGUCAGGGCAAUUGGAACAUUCUGAUUCGUCGGAGAAAUGUGAAAAUUCUUGUGGGUCAUCUUGGAUUAGUUCACUUUCCAAACAUUCAGAAGAAAACGAAAAAAAGCACGAUGCAAAAAUUCCAGCUUUGCCAGAAAAUGUAGAUCACAGUGACAAUGUUUCCGAAGCCUCUACUCUUAUUCAGAACCACAAUGGUCCGUCCAGUACAAGAGACUGUGACUCUCAGAAUACUGAUAGUUUCGGUAGUAAUUCAUACACGGGUGAUUCUUCCCCACAAAUCCUAGGCGAAAAUCCGAAUCUGAGCUAUGGGAAUUUGAAGAAGGGUGAAAGCAGGUUUAGCAGUUUAAGCUCAAGAUCAUCAUCAGUGACAGAGAAUGAGAGUAAUGAUGGAUAUCUGUGUGAUAAUUCUCUGGCAUUAGUUCCCGUGACUGUGACACCUACAUCACAAGGUACCAGUAACCCGAAACCAAUUACUGUUAGUGUCCUUGAAGCUUUAGAUGCAUUGAGGCAUGCCAGAGAAAGGCUCCAAAGUUCAAUGAGAACAAGGCAAAUGAUUCAUGUUGGCCCAAUGUAAGCUCCUACACAACACUGGCAUAGUAAUAAUGCUAAAUUAUUGCAAUAUUUAUGAAUUAUAGGUAGUGAGAUUGUGAUUUAGCAUUAGAAUAGACGGGAAUAUCAGAAACCUUGAGUUCCUAAAAUUAAUAAGAUUGGUAGCAGAGGUAAAAUUCUUGUGAAUUGUGGUUUCACUCUCCACAGAAAGCAUGUGACGUAGGGAUGUGUUGUCA